AUGCCGGAGAUUAAUCUAAAUGAUCAAUGGGUUAUAUUAGUUUCGGACCCUCAAAAACAGAGGGGUGAUAAAUCUUCAUCUGCCCCCUUUGUCACAUACCAGAUCUCUUCUAAACCCGGUGUUAGUAGAGGAGGGGGACAUCACUUGAGGGAUACGAGGGAGGAUGAUAUAACUGUGGUACACAGGAGAUAUAGUGAUUUCGUUCUUUUGUAUCAGAUAUUGUCUAAUGAUCAUCCUGCUUGCAUAGUUCCGCCGUUACCAGAUAAAAAGGUUUUGAAUUAUUUGGCGGGAGAUAGGUUUAGUCAGUCGUUCACGCAGAAAAGGUGUCAUAGUCUACAAAAUUUUUUGCAGAGGUUGGCACAGCAUCCUAAGUUGUCUCAUUCUAAGAUACUUCGAACGUUUUUGACUAGUUCUGAUUGGGAUGCUUACCGAAAGAGCUUGUCUGGGACGGUCGGUAAUGGGAAUAAUAAAGAGGAAGUUAGUGAGGCUAUUAUGAAUGCUUUCAAAUACGUACAUAAUCAGAGUGAUGAGUUUGUUGAGAUCAAGGAGAAGUGUGAUAAGUUGGAUCACAAUGUGACGAAGAUAGAUAAAUUGUUCCAUCGUGUUGUGAAGAAACAAGAGGCGAUUGCGGAAGAUUAUGGGAAAUUAGGCUCAAGCCUUCAAGAAUUGCAGGAGCUUGUAACAUCAGGUAGCGAUGAUCAUAAUAGUGAGGCUAACCGGUUGAGUGGUAAGAUUAGGGUAUUUAACGAGGGGAUGACUCAGCUCUCAUAUAGUUUGCGCGAUUUGAGCAGGUACAUUGACUACGAAUACAUUGUGGAUUUAAGGGACAUGGAACAUUAUAUCGACUCUAUGAAACAGUUAAUCAAACUGAAGGACCAGAAACAGAUUGACUAUGAGGAAUUAAGCGAUUAUUUGACUAGAUCUAUCAAUGAAAAGAACAAUUUGAUAUCAGGGUAUGGAACCGGUAGUAACUUCUUGAAAAGCAAGCUAGAAGAGUUUGCUGGAAUUAACCAGGAGGCCGCUCGUCGAGAGAAGAUCUCUAAACUGGAAUACAAAGUUCAAUCUUUGACAACUGAAGUUGAGGAUGCGAAAAGAGUGGCCGACGCAUUUGAAAAGGAAGCAUUGAAAGAGGUAGAGAUAUUUGAACAUAUCAAGACUAAGGAGUUGAAACAGUCUCUCACCUCAUUGGCAGACCACCAUAUCGAGUUCUACCAAAAGAUGAUGAACACAUGGUCAAAAAUAGAAGAAGGUUUAUGA